AUGUCUACCGACGUGGAACGCGAUCCCACCGCGGCCGAGACCGCCGAGCGCGAGCGCGAAGAACGAGAGCGCAAGGCCAAGGAGGAGGCCGAACAGGCGCAGCUGCCGUACAAGUGGACCCAGAGCAUCCAAGACGUGGACAUAACGAUUCCGAUUCCCGCAAACAUCAAGGGAAGGGACAUGGAUGUGGUUUUGACCAAGUCGAAAAUCAAGGUGGCCAUUAAGGGACAGGAGCCGUUUAUUGAGGGCGAUUUUCCCCACCCCGUUCUCGUGGAUGAAUGCUCGUGGACUUUGGAGACAACGUCGAAACCCCCCGGAAAGGAAGUGGCGGUCCACCUGGACAAGGCCAACAAGGUGGAAUGGUGGCCGCACGUGGUGACCACGGCGCCGAAGAUCGAUGUCAGCAAGAUCACCCCCGAAAAUUCCAAGUUGAGCGAUCUGGAUGGAGAGACAAGGGCCAUGGUUGAGAAGAUGAUGUACGACCAGCGCCAGAAAGAAAUGGGCGGGCCGAGCAGUGAUGAGCAGCGCAAGAUGGAUAUCUUGAAGAAGUUCCAGGCCGAACACCCAGAAAUGGACUUCUCGAACGCCCAGAUCGGUUGA